AUGUCGACCUUACGGUCGAGGAAGUACUUGAGUUGCUUCUAUUGCGGAAGAAGAUCCAAGUUUCGAUUUGAAGGCCAGAAGUCAUUCGACUGUACCAACUGCGAUGCGACGAAUUGGCUGGACGAUUAUGGAGAAAUCACAGAUCCACCUUCCUCACCGUCAGUUAUCGAGCGCAGUCGAGUCCAGUAUGCCAUCCCUCGCCCAUCGGCACCUCCGCGAUCACUAUCGCCAGAUGCAGCCGGCUCCGAAGAAUCGAUCUUUUGCGACACGUGCCUAAGAAACCAACACAUGCUUACAAGCUCGUUGGCGCAAUUCGAGUGGCCGGAAGACCAAAGAAGCGCCGAGUAUGUUUUGCGCGAGAAGAAAUAUUAUGCUCUUCGAAAAGACCUCGAGAAGCGAUACCCCCAGAUGUGCGCGGAUUGUGAGCCCAGGGUAGAAAAGAAGCUUCACGAAGCUAGCUACACGGCGCAAACCGACCAUCUUCGCCGAAUGAUGGAUCGCACGCGAUCUCAACGACAAGAAGUAAAGCAACGAGGGUUUUUGGACGUCGUAGAUACCUUUGGCAAGUGGAGCUGGCAUCUAGGCUUCGCACUUCAAUUCUUAUGGCACAUUGCUAUGGUCUGGUCCCUCAUUGUAGACCCGUAUAUCCUAGGUGAAGCGGGAGCGAACUCACGAGUUGCUACGGCCCUGAAGGGGAUACACCAGCUUAGCUAUGGCCGACUACCACGACUGCCUCAAGCGGACUCAUAUAUGAGAUGGGCAAUAAACCUAGGCCUAUACUCAUUGCCAUGGAAUCCGCGCUUCAAGCAGACGAUCAGGGGUUUCACGGCACACUACCUCGGGUUCAAGCAUUGGUACACAUAUCAAUUGUUUAUUCUACUCGUGCGAUAUGCUGGUAUCUCCAUGGCACAGUAUAGUUCUUUGAAGGGAUCGCAAAUCUCAGCGCAGCUAGGCGCACAACUUGCUAUCGCCUUGUCAAUGACCUACGUAUAUCAUGCGUCAAGAAGAUCCAUCCAUACAGACACAAGUCCUCUAUUUCGGCAAUAUUCCAAGGCGAAUAGCCCACGAACGCCCACCGCUAGAUCGGAAGCGAAGCCAGAGCCACUCAGAGAACAAAAUGAUCUUGGAAGUGCCCUAGAUGAGAUAGCCCAAUCUCCUCCAAGACCUCACAAUGGAUCUACACAGCGCUUUGUUCGGAGUUCGAAUAACUACGGAACUACUACAAGUAAUGGAAUGUUUGGCGGUGUACACGAGAGAUCGCACAGGAACCAGUCCUCUGAGCCUACCUUUGGUUCUCUGCAUCUGUCAGACCCGAUCAUAGUUGAUAAGCCUGAGCCUCAGGUUGUCCAGUACGACGAAGAGAUGGAUUGGACGCCGUCUGCUUCGCAACAUCGAGCCUUCAGCGAAUACAAUCCGUAUAGGGUCAAGAACACCAACCCGCGUUUUAAUGACGCGCCGAUUGAACCCAAAUCUGGACCGAUCUGGUAUAAAGUCCCUCCAGCGCCAACCAACCCGGCCCAGAGGAUGCGCAACCCUCCGAUGCGCCCGAUUAUUAGAGAAAGUCCGAAAGAGAAGAAAGAGAACUUCUUUAAAUCGACUAGAGGACCUGUUGACAUGGGAUCGUCGAAACAAAACAGCUUAUCGGACAUCAAGUUCUCUGAUCCCAAAUUCUUCGCGCCGGAGGAUAAGGAUGACCCUAGAGACGGUCUUUCCAAGAUGUUCGCUAGCUCUUUUAGCAUCAGCCCUAGCCCGGAUGAUGCGGCUGUUCGAAGCUCUAGACUGAAGGCCACAGGAUCUUUCUUCAAAGCUGGUCCUAAUGCAUCAGAUGCGCCAAAUCGUCGCACCACGCGUUGCGUUGAGCUGGUCGUACUCGUUGGCGCACUCUACGGUUGGAUACUAGCGCUAGGCACCCAAGAACAGUACGGUUUAAGCCUCGCUCUAACUUCAGUUAUUGCCGGUCUAAUCGUCUCUAUACGAUUGGCUGCCGAUUUACAAGUUGAUGCUCAGAUCAGAGACGGAAAGCAGCCGUCGAUCUUUGAGCCAUCGUGGGCCAAUUUAGGAUUGGUGCAGGUGCUAGCCUCUCUCAUCCUCGCCUGGAGCAUUUGGUCAGGGAGCGGAAAUAAUAUCCCCUGCCGCACAUACGGUAGCGCUCACUUUACGAUUGCUAUCAUUCAUCACAUGUGGCAUACGUUUGUGUAG